CCCGUCGUCCUUUCCUCUCCUUCCAACAAUCAAAAAAUGGUGACGAGUGAGUUUUUAAUUUUUUGGGUAAAAAUCCUAUGCGAAUGAGUUAUAAAGGGGAAAAGGCUAUUGCAGGUUAUGGAAGGGUCUUCCACCGCCAUUGUUGAUCUUUACCCCAAACGCUCAAAUGGGAAUUGCAGAUGUUCAUAGUACAGUGGCAGGAGAGAAACCUACCGUGGUAAUAACACCGUCCACUGGCAGCGGGAAAAGAAAGUGAACGUAGAUUCCCGGCUGCCAAACAAAGUAUGUCAGAAUCAUAACCUAACCAAAAGUAAAGAGUGAAGGUGGGUAAACAAAUACUUUGAGUUAAUAUAUUCUGAUUCCAACCAAAUUUGUGGGGACCAUCGGCGACUGGUCCAACCGAAUCUAAGGUCUUCGGUGUCCGUAUCGACUUGGUGUGGGUCCCAUCCCAUGCCUUUUUUAAUGGCGUGUUUGGCUCCUCUCCACCAUACUCCUUCCCACCCGAUCCAAAACUCUCUCUCUCUCGGUCCGUAUCUGCCGCCCUUCCCAUCCACAAUAUUCCUGUCUAUCGAAAUUCAUUGCUCCGAGAAUUAUUAUAUACAGGGUGGGUUUGUGAGCUCUCAUAUCUAAUUUUUGGCGUUCUGCCUCAUAGCAAAAGAUGAAUUUCACUCUUUGUUCUUCAUCUCCUGAGCUUAGAUAUCCUUAUGUUGAUGCUUUAAGAUCUACCGACAUUCAUGCAAUAGCAUCCAAACCUUCUCUACGAAUUGAUAACGCCGUUAAAAAGGACAUUGUUCAAUUAUCUAAUCAAGAUGCUGGAAAGAUGGUGAUGUCGAGCAAUUUGAUGCCUAGGCACUUAAAAGAGCCUUUUGUGGGAAAGGAACAACCAGAUGAGCAGAGUCAGAAGCUAAAAUUUGUAAGGACAUUGUUGAUUGACAACUACGAUAGCUACACAUACAAUAUUUACCAGGAGCUGUCUGUCAUUAAUGGGCUGCCUCCAGUCGUGGUGCGAAAUGAUGAGUGGACUUGGGGAGAUUUCUACCACUACCUGUAUGAAGAAAAUGCAUUUGACAGUGUAGUUAUAUCCCCUGGGCCUGGUUCUCCAACAUGUCCGGCUGACAUUGGUAUAUGCCUUCGGCUGCUUCAGGAGUGUUGGGAUAUCCCCAUAUUGGGUGUUUGCCUUGGACAUCAGGCCUUAGGUUACGUACAUGGUGCAAAGGUUGUACAUGCAUAUGAACCAAUCCAUGGCCGCUUGAGUGAAAUUGAGCAUGAUGGAUGCGAACUUUUUCAUGAUAUUCCCUCUGGCAAAGAUUCAGGAUUUAAGGUGGUUCGAUAUCACUCUCUUGUUAUAGAUGCUGAGACGCUCCCAAAGGAACUGAUUCCUAUAGCAUGGACAGUUUCCACUGGUGCACUUUCUUUUCACCAUACCCAGAAGUCUGAUGUUCCUGCAGAUGCUUCUGCUGAUUCGUUUUCAACAAAUCUAAAGAAUGGAAGUUCUUGGCCACUCAGCUGUUCUAAUGGAGUGCAAAGAAGAAAGGUUCUUAUGGGUAUCAUGCAUUCUACCAGGCCUCAUUAUGGUCUGCAGUUUCAUCCAGAGAGUGUUGCAAGCUGUCACGGAAGGCAAAUAUUCAGGAACUUUAGAGAGAUUACAGAGGAUUACUGGAAGAGAUUGAAGCCUUCAAUUAUUAAACAAAGGAGGUUUCAUUAUGCUGCACGCAUGCAGGUGCCACAUGCUAAUGGACUGUUUACAGAAAUUCCUGGACAUAGGAAAGUAGUAAAUGGUGCAGAUGAUCAAUUAUACAAGGAAGCUUCUAGUAGUGGCCAGUUAAUGCUAGAUAAGAGGUGUUUUGGUGCAUUUGAUAUGGUAAAUGUUUCAAAUCCAAUCAUUGGUGUCAAAUAUCUGAAGUUGAAGUGGAGGAAAUUUGAUCACUUGGCGGGUCAAGUUGGUGGAGCAAGAAACAUAUUUUGUGAAUUGUUUGGACAUCACAAAGCUGAAAACACCUUUUGGUUGGACAGUUCCUCAACAGAAAAGGGAAGAGCACGCUUUUCGUUCAUGGGAGGAAGAGGUGGAUCUCUUUGGAAGCAAGUGACCUUUAGAUUGUCUGAUGAAAGUGAUAUGGCUUCAAAAGGUGGAGGUUAUCUAUCAGUUGAAGAUUCUCAAGGUUCUGCCACGAAAACAUUUUUGGAAGAUGGUUUUCUUGAUUUUUUGAAAAAGGAGCUCCUGUUAUUUCAUUAUGAAGAAAAAGAUUACGAAGGAUUGCCAUUUGAGUUCUAUGGUGGAUAUAUUGGUUACAUUGGGUAUAACCUAAAAGUUGAAUGUGGUAUGGUAUCGAAUCGCCAUAAAUCCAGAACACCAGAUGCUUGUUUUUUCUUUGCUGAUAAUCUCUUAGUUAUUGAUCACUACAAUGAUGAUGUUUACAUUAUGUCUUUACAUGAAGAAUUCACAACUACAUCAACACCAUGGCUGGAUAUUACAGAAGAGAAACUUCUCAGCUUGCAAGCUUCCAUUAAAAAAGAUAGAGAGGAACGUGCUAUACAGGCAUUAAGGUCAUUCCCAGAUAAGGGGGGUUUUGUUGCUGAUAGAUCCAGAGACGACUAUAUAAAAGACAUUGAAAAGUGUCUGGAAUACAUUAAAGAUGGAGAAAGUUAUGAAUUGUGUCUCACGACUCAGAUUAGAAAGAGAAUUGGAGAAAUAGAUUCACUAGGACUUUACCUUCACCUGAGAGAAAAAAAUCCAGCACCAUAUGCUGCGUGGCUUAAUUUUUCAGGGGAAAACCUGUCCAUAUGUUGUUCGUCUCCAGAGAGGUUCCUGCGGUUGGAUAGAAAUGGCAUAUUGGAAGCUAAGCCCAUUAAGGGUACCAUAGCUCGUGGUACAACACAAGAGGAAGAUGAAAGACGCAAGCGACAGCUGCAAUACAGUGAAAAAGAUCAGGCUGAAAAUCUGAUGAUUGUUGAUCUUCUAAGAAAUGACCUUGGACGUGUAUCUGACCCUGGUUCUGUUCAUGUGCCUAAUUUUAUGGACGUGGAAUCAUAUGCCACAGUCCAUACAAUGGUCAGUACAAUUCGUGGGAAAAAGCGAGCUGAUGUAAAUGCAAUUGAUUGUGUAAGAGCAGCGUUUCCAGGUGGUUCAAUGACAGGGGCACCAAAGUUGAGAUCAAUGGAGCUUCUUGAUUCUCUCGAAAGCAGUUCACGAGGUAUCUACUCGGGUUCCAUUGGAUUUUUCUCAUACAACCAUACAUUUGAUCUGAAUAUAGUGAUCAGAACCAUUGUUAUACAUGAGGGUGAAGCUUCAAUAGGAGCAGGAGGGGCGAUUGUGGCUUUAUCAAAUCCUGAAGAUGAGUACGAUGAGAUGAUUUUGAAAACAAGUGCACCAGCAAAAGCUGUUAUGGAAUUUACUUAAAAUUGUCAUACACUUUUUUGCAGAUUUUAGAUUUUACUCUUGUUUGCAGAAGUUGGUAGUCAUAGAAGAAAAACUUGAUAGGAAAGUAAAAGUGAAAGGCUUUGCUUAUUGUAUUCCAUAUGAAAAUGAUGAGAAAGCGAUUUUUUGUUGUUUUUGGCAUUUGCUGCCAAACUGGGAUGAUAAUGAUAAUCUGUUCAUCCCCAGGACAUUGUAAUUCUUCUUUCCCACUCCUUUUGAAAUUGAUAAAAUAUACAUACAUAAUUGUAAGAGAUAAAUGCAUGCUGAAAGUUUUUAUUUUUUA